GCAUGGACAUGCACCACACAGUACCUAUCCUCACAAUGAUCAAAGAUGUUUUCAAAAACCCUGAACUUCAAUAAUUGAUAGUUAUGUUCCCAGAAACAAAUAAUAGUAACUGAGCCCUCCUAUAUGCAAGAUGAGCAAGAGCUCUUGACUAAUGAGAUAUCUCUUUGACUCUGUGUUGAUUAUUUAUUAUCCACAUCUAAUUUGGUAAUGGUUCCAUCUAUCCACUUGUAACUGUUUAAAACAUGCUGUGCCUUUUAGUAAAAUCUUACUAAAAGCUUACAGCUUAGAGUUACAGCUUAAAGUGGAGAAGUUUAGGUUUCUGGAAGAUGAAUACAGAACUCUUUGUAGCAAUGUCAGUAAGAUACUACUGAGUUCUGUCUAUUUUUUGUUUGCUUGACUGAUUUUUGCAUGGGAGAUGGGGUUGUAAUAUGUACUUCUGGCUGUCCUGGUACUGACUGAAUAGACUAGUCUGGCAUUAAACUCCAAGGCAGAUUUCCCUCCCUCUGACUUCUGAUUGCAGUGUUUAAAAGCAUGAGCCAAUAGACACAGCCUGUCCCUUUUGUUUUUUUUUCUGUAUCUACCAAUUGUUGAUAUAAUUUCUCUCCUGUGUCUGCUAUACUGUUAUCUAUUUACUGGUCUCUCUCUGUUUUUUUAAUAGUCGUUUCUCUUGCAAGAUGAUAUUCCCUUCACAGGGUACAGUAAUGAGAGAGAAUGCAGUGACCUAUGAUGAUGUACAUGUUGACUUCACAUGGAAAGAGUGGACAUUGCUGGAUCCUACACAGAGGAAUCUCUACAAAGAUGUGAUGCUGGACACGUACCAUAGCCUCACUAUCCUAGGAUACACUUGGGAAGACCAUAAUAUUAAAGAACAUUGUCAAAGUUCUAAAGAACAUGAAAGACCUGAAGGAAAUCAUCCUGAAGAGAAAUCUUCUAUUUAUAAUCGAUGUAUUAAAGUCUUUGCAUAUGACAGACAUCUUCAAAGGCAUGAAAGCACACUUAUUGGAGAGAAACCUUUUGAAUGUCAUCAAUGUGGUAAAGCCUUUGCUUAUCACAGCUAUCUCCGAAGGCAUGGAAGAACACAUACUGGAGAGAAACCCUAUGAAUGUAAUCAGUGUGGUAAAGCCUUUAGAGAACAAGGUAAUCUUCGAAGGCAUAAAAGAAUACAUACUGGAGAGAAACCCUAUGAAUGUAAUCAGUGUGGUAAAGCCUUUGCCUAUCAGAUAGGUCUUCAAAUGCAUAAACGAACACAUACUGGAGAGAAACCAUAUCAGUGUAAUCAGUGUGGUAAAGCCUUUACAGUACAAGGUAAUCUUAAAAAGCAUAAAAGAACACAUACUGGGGAGAAGCCCUAUGAAUGCAAUGAAUGUGGUAAAGCCUUUGCUUGUCACAGUGCUCUUCAAAUGCAUAAAAGAAUACAUACUGGGGAGAAACCCUUUGAAUGCAAUGAAUGUGGUAAAGCCUUUAUUCAACAUAGUCAUCUCCUCAUACAUAAAAGAACACACACUGGAGAGAAACCCUAUCACUGUAUUCAGUGUGGUAAAAGCUUUGCUCAUCACAAUGCUCUUCAAAUGCAUAAAAGUACACAUACUGGAGAGAGACCCUAUCCAUGUAAUCAAUGUGAUAAAUCCUUUACAUGUCACAAUAAUCUUCAAAUACAUAAAAGAACACAUACCGGAGAGAAACCUUAUCAAUGUAAUCAUUGUAGUAAAGCCUUUAAAUACCACAAUAAUCUUCAAAUACAUAAAAGGACACAUACUGGAGAGAAACCUUACGAAUGUGAUCAGUGUGGUAAAACCUUUUCUCAUCACAAUGCACUUCAAAUACAUAAAAGAAUACAUACUGGAGAGAAACCCUAUGGAUGCAAUCAGUGUGGUAAAACCUUUGCACAACAAGGUAAUCUUCAAAUGCAUAAAAGGACACAUAGUGGAGAGAGACCCUACGGAUGUGAUCAGUGUGGCAAAGUAUUUAAACAACAACGUAGUCUUCAAAUGCAUAAAAGAACACAUACUGUAGAGAAACCCUGAGAAUUGUAACCAAUGUGCUAAAGCCUUUGCAUUGGUCAGCAGUCUUUGAAAUCAUCUGAAAAAGAUGUGCUGCAGAAAUACCCUAAAAAUAUAGUCAGUGUUGCAAAGUUUUGCACUUUAUACAGGAGUUAACCUUUUUGUGCACAAUCAAUCUGUUAAAGCCUCUGUUUCUUGCAAUAGUCUCUGAGUGCCUUUAAAAAAUUCUGAGAGUGUAUUAUUGUAAAGUAUUUGGUAAGCUCUUUAUCCAGCACACUUAUAUCCUUACAUAAAAGAGCAUGGAUUGGGGCUGGAGAGAUGGCUCAGUGGUUAAGAGCACUGAUUGCUCUUGCAGAGGACCCGGGUUCAAUUCCCAGCAUCCACGUGGCAGCUCACAACUGUCUGAAGAUCCAGUUGCAGGGAUCUGACACCUUCACACCAAUGCACAUAAGAUAAAGUUAAAUAAACCAUAAAAAUAUUUAAAAAAAAAGAGCAUGGAUUCUGUAGGAGGUUUUGACAGUGUCAACAAUCUGUUCAAGAUUCAUGAUGUUGUCUUUUGUAUUGUUUCCAUCUGAAAACUCAGACAAAAUCAGUUUAUGAAUUUAUGAAGCUCUAUGCGAAGUUGUCAAAAAUCAGACCUCGGUCCCAGUAAUAAACUUUUCUAAACUGUC